CGGCUGAAGGCGGAGGGGCCCCUCGAGUGGAGGCUGCGGGCUCGGCGGGCAGCCGCCAUGUUCAACCAGCAGCAGCAGUUGCAGCAGCUGCAACAGCAGCAGCUUCAGCAGCUGCAACAGCAGCAACAGCAAUUGCUGCAGCUCCAGCUGCUCCAGCAGCCCCCACCCCAGGCCUCCCUGCCCAUGGCCGUGAGCCGGGGGCUUCUCCAGCAGCUGCCUCAGCAACAGCUUCUGAAUCUCCAGGGCAUCAACUCGGCCUCCCUGCUCAGCGGCUCAGCACUGCAGAGAGCUUUGUUUUUGCAGCAGUUGCAAGGACUGGACCAGUCUGCAAUGCCACCAGCCACGUAUGACAGUGCGGGUCUCACCAUGCCCACGGCAACAUUGGGUAACCUCCGUGGCUACAACCUGGCAACCCCAACCCUGACCACCCCCAGCCUCACACCCCCCCAGCUGACCACCCCACAUCUACAACAGUUCUUUCCCCAGGCCACCCAGCAGUCCCUGCUGGGACCCCCUCCUGUCGGUGUCCCCAUAAACCCCUCCCUGAUCAACCUCUCAGGGAGGACCCUCCAGAAGCAAGCCAGGAUUCCCUCCUCUACCACCCUCAAUCGCAAGGAUUCUUCUUCUCAGACGGUGUCUGAAGACCAGUCAGACCCCCCAGAGGGGUCUGAAGAAGCCACAGAGUCCCGAACAGACACUCCAGACCAAGAUUUCCAGCUCUGCCCAGAUGGCUCCUCUAAGGAGAAACGCACACCAACCCCUGAGCCUGAGUCCUGUGAGGCCUCUGAGCCCCUGGCUAAGAAGUCAAAGAGCUCAGAGGAGCCCACAGAGAAGGGGACCCUAGGGCAGCUGCAGGCCAAGGUACAGCCUCAGGCACGGAUGACAGCACCGAAGCAGACCCAGACACAUGAGCUGCCAUCUGAGCCGCCGGAGGCCCGAGUGCUGCCACAAUUCCAGCCAUGUGCGCUGCACAUCCAGGCCCCGGUGCAGCCACAGGCCCCGCCACAGACAGUGCCGCUGAGGCUGCAGAAGCAGGCACAGACGCAGACCACCCCGGAACACGUAGCGCCACAGCAGACACGGCCGCAGAAGGAGGCAGAGCCACCGAAGCAGGUGCAGCCACAGGCACACUCCCAGCCCCCAAGGCAGGCGCAGCUGCAGCUGCAGAAGCAGGCACAGACGCAGACGUAUCCACAGGCCCAGACACACGCACAGCCCACGCGGCAGCUCUUGGAGCCAGCUCCCACGCCGUUGCCAGCGCAGCCACCAGAGCAGACCCAGGGGCAGCCUCGGACCCAGGCUCAGGGAUUGGCGCCCGAGCAAGCACCAGUUCCUCCCAUGGUGCCUGAGAUGCCGCCUGACACGGGAGCAGCUGCAGGAGGCCUGGAGGAAGACUCGCCGGAGCCUGUGGGCACAGAGGAGAGCCAGGAGGAGUUGGCCAGUGGCCUGGAUGUGGGAGAAUGUGAAAAAAGAUCAAGAGAGAUGCUAGGGGUGUGGGGUGCCGGGGGCUCCCUGAAGGUCACCAUCUUGCAGAGCAGUGACAGCCGGGCCUUUAGCACCAUGCCCCUCACACCCGGGCCCCGAGCCAGCGACACUACCUCUGCCACCCCCGCUGCUGCCAGCAUACCUUCAAAGCAAACACUGCAGUUUUUCUGCUACAUCUGCAGAGCCAGCUACAGCAGUCAGCAGGAGUUCCAGGACCACAUGGUGGAGGCGCGGCACCAGCAACGGCUUGGCGAGCUCCAGCACAUGAGCCAAGCCUGCCUCCUGGCCCUGCUGCCCGUGCCCCGUGACGUCCUGGAGAGAGAGGACGAAGAGCCUCCGCCCAGGCGCUGGUGCAACACCUGCCAGGUUUACUACGUGGGGGACCUGAUCCAGCACCGCAGGACGCCGGACCACAAGAUGGCCAAACAAUCCCUGCGACCUUUCUGCACCGCUUGCAACCGUUACUUCAAGACACCCCGCAAGUUUGUGGAGCACGUGAAGUCCCAGGGGCACAAGGACAAAGCCAAGGAGAUGCUGGAGAAGGAGAUAGCCGGCCAAGACGAGGACCACUUCAUCACUGUGGACGCUGUGGGCUGCUUUGAGGGUGACGAAGAUGAGGAGGAGGACGAGGAAGAGGAGGAGAUCGAGGUGGAAAAGGAAUUCUGCAAAAAGGUGAGGUUCAGAGACAUUUCCAUAGAGGAGUGGAAAGAAUCGGAGACCUACAGCCCCGAUACCGCCUAUGGUGUGGAUUUCCUGGUGCCCGUGAUGGGCUACAUGUGCUGCAUCUGCCACAAGUUCUACCACAGCAACUCAGGGGCGCAGCUCUCCCACUGCAAGACCUUGGCCCACUUUGAGAACCUGCAGAAAUACAAGAAGGCCAAGAACCCCUGCCCCACCACCAGGCCCGUGAGCCGUCGGUGUGCCAUCAACGCCCGGAACGCCUUGACUGCCCUGUUCACCUCUGGUGGCCGCCCACCCAGCCAUCCCAGCACCCAGGACUCGGCCAAAACCCCCAGCAAGGUGACGGCCCCACCCCCUGAGCCCCCACCCCCCCGGCGCUCAACACGCCGCAGAAACUGAUAGUGGGCGCUCCCCCCUGGCUGGGGCCAGGCCUGCUGUGGGUCCUAAGAGCCUUGGCAACUGAGAUGGUUGGUAUUUUUACUCGAAAUCCAAUAAAAAAAGGUGGUUUGGCUGUGCCAGGCCCCACCAGCACUUUUGUCUGGGUGAUAGGGAAGGGGUCCGGCCUGCUGGGGUUCAGUGUGGUGCAGAAUCAGGCCACCAAAGACAGUCUCCCCAAGUGUGCUCGGGGAUCCCAGGGCGCUUCACCUCUGAGCCCAUUUCUCUCUAUGUAUCCAGGCUGGGAAAGUACCUUCAAGUCAGAUCUCAUUUAAUCUUCACAGUGCCUGGGGGUACGUCUUGGUUGCUAUCCCCAAGUUACAGAUGAAACUGAGGUCUGGUACCGUCAAGUAGCCUGCAAAGAUCAUACAUCUGGUUAAGUGGCCAGGAUGACCUAGGGCGCAGGCUCUGAACCCGGGUGCUGGCCUCUCCAGCUGGACCCCAUGGAAACAAGUACAAAGGGGCCCUCGGCUCUGGCCUGAUUCUGUGCUGGGUUCACUAAUGGGGUGCCUGCCCUUCUCGUCAGGCAACCAUGAUGAAUCGCUGGGAAUGCAGCCCAGGCUCACUCAGCUCUUUACUUCUGCUAUUUCCUCAUCUGGAAGCACCCUAAGAGACAGCCCACCAGACCAGGCCUGUGACUGGCCGGCUGGGGAGACUGAGGCCACGAGCAGGAGGGCACUGCCCAGGUUGCACAGCACGUCUCGGUACUAAAGUGAAAACCUAGUACCCAGAGAGGGGAGCAUGUCCUCACUCACAGCACGCUGGGAGCUCAGCCAGGCUGGGGAUACGACAGGUAGGUGGGAGCCUUGCCAGCCCCACCACUAGGCCGUGAGCCGCAGGUGAGUGACGGCCGGUUCCCCUCUGGCGGGCACUGGAGUCCUUCUCCCAAGAUACAGAGGACAGAGGUGAAGUGGUGUUGGAGGCCGGUUUAAUGUGGGCACUUAAAGCCUGGGCAGAGUGGGGAGUGCCCAGGACUCGGCAGACAGGCAAGGCAGGUGGGUUGCAGGUCCGCCCCUGGCCCCAGGAGAUGCUGGAUGAUGGGCGCUGGCCC